AUGACUCAACCGUCCAUCCAACCUACUCUGCCAUCCAUCACAUCGUCUUUGCCCUCAGCGCGAUACUCGCCCACCUCGCUGACCUCCUUUUCCAUCCCUCCGCCCCCAUUGUUCCAGCCGCGUACGUCGAUCGCGGCCGGCGGCGUGUCAACAACGUCCUCUUCCUCCUCAUUGUCUAGCACAACACUCCCACCACUUGGGCCGCGCGUCACCUUGCCGGCAGCAGACACGCUCACCACGUCGCCGCCAAAUUCCACUUGGAGGACCUAUCCUCCUUCGAGCCCGGCGGCUACGGGUUCCCAAUCUCAUGAGGCUCGCUCGUCCCUUUCGAACGCUCGUGAACAGCAACAGCCGUACUCGUUUGGACUGGGCUCCUCGUCCUCGUCCUCGUCACAGCCGCCGCCGUUGCUACCACCUUCACAGCAAGUACCGCCUCCUUCAGAGCCCUGGCAGCCAAAGCCGCGCCAGUGGGACGAGCAGCCCAUGUUUGACCUUCGCCGCCGGUCGUCCUCGCCCAGGAUGCAGCAGUCGUACGGCGUGGGAGGGUAUUCCAUGCCCGUGGCGGGUCCGUCAUACAACCAGUCACACCAGCAGUCACCAAGCUUUGGCGGUGGCUCAAUGGGAUCAGCGUUCCCAGAGUUCAUGAUCCCAGGCUACCUGCCGCCCACCUCGAGCUUCCAGCCGCAUGACAUGUACUCAGCCCCCAUCGAGCAGGUUGUCCACAUCGGCUCUCUCGAGUACACACAAGCACUCGACGCCGCCAGACACAUCCGCGCGGCCAUCCCACACCUGCGUGCUGUCGAUGCCCCAACAAUGUCGUCGGGAUCGGGCCAGUCGUACCGCUCCAUCCUCGACUGCGCCUCGACGGCGCUCGACGUCCUGUCGGGUCGGUCCCCAGGAAAGGUCCCCCCGCCAGGACUCGGUGGGCCCGUUCAGAGAUCAGCACUGCCAUCCGGCCCGCCCGAGACGAAGCGGCCUCGCAUGACCAACGGCACCGAAAAGGACAAGUCUGCAACCUUUUGCAGGGGCUGCGGCGCGACAGAAACCCCAGAAUGGCGCCGUGGCCCACUGGGUCCACGAACGCUGUGCAACGCAUGUGUAAGUGCCAGGCUUUGUGGUAUGGUGAUGGGAUGGGCUGCGGGCAAGAGGAUGGUGCCCACCUCUGGAUUCAGUCAGAGCUGA